AAAAUGUCAGUGUCUGUCUCAGUGGUGUGAAAAGUGUCUAUGGAAAAUUCACGAACUAUGUACAUACUGUACUGCCGUACCCCAGCUAAAUAUUAUAUAAAGGACUCGAUAUGCGGUGAGUAGACCAGUACACCACUACAGAGUGUGAGUUAACUUUAGCUGCUACAAUAAACACAAUGCUAUCAUUAAAGCUUGCCCUGUGUCUUAUCCUGUCCCUAAUUUUAUCUUCACACGCCGAAGUCUUUGGUCUUGAUGGAGUCACCGACUUUUCUCCCGAAGAGUUUGAUGCGACAAUCGACGGCACUCACACAAAGAAUUGGGUGGUAGCGUUCGUGGCUCCAUGGUGUGGUCACUGUAAGACGCUCAAGCCUGUUUGGUCUGAGGUUGGAGUUGCUAUCGCAGCAACUGGCCAGGAUGACAAGGUUGGGCUAGCGCUGGUUGAUGCCGACGAGCACAGGGAUUUUGGCAUCAAGUACGAUGUCACCGGAUUCCCCACUAUCAAGAUGUUCAAGGCUGGGUCUACAGAGGCUGAGCCAUACAACGGUCCACGUGAUGUAGACGGUGUGGUGAAGUUCUUGAACGACGAAUUUGGCACCAACAUAUUCAUCAAGAAAGCGCCCAAGUCUGUGGUUGAGCUUGACGAGGAUAGCUUUGACGGAGUAGCUCUGGACUCAACCAAGAACGUCCUGGUUGAAUUCUAUGCCCCAUGGUGUGGUCACUGUAAGAAUCUAGCCCCGGUCUAUGAGAAAGUGGCCAAGGCGUACCGGAAUGAGGGCAACUGUGUGAUUGCGGCGAUCGAUGCGUCCACCCACAAGUCCAUUGGAAGCCGCUACGAAGUCACGGGCUUCCCCGCGCUCAAGUUUUUCGGCGCAGGCACAACUGAGCCUGAGGACUACUCAACCGGCCGUGACGCAGACUCGUUUGUGAAGUUUAUGAAUGAGAAGUGUGGGGUAGACCGCACCAUUGACGGCAAAUUGGGUGCCACCGCUGGAAUCAUUGAAGAGUUCAACUCCUUUGUUGGGUCAUACAACGCGGGAGACAGCAUCUCUGAGCUUGUGGAGAAGGUCGCGCAGUCUGCUAAGGACCACGCAGAACCCGCCGCUCAGCUGUACGCCAAGAUCUUUAACAAGAUCAAGGAGAAGGGGUCGGCCUACAUUGAGAAGGAGAAGGCUCGUCUCACCAAGAUGAUUGCGGACGGCAAGGCCAAGGCCGAUAAGCUGGAUAUGUUCACGCAGAAGUACAAUAUCUUGAGCGCCCUUACCGGUACCAGCGAGCCGGUGGUGCCUGCGGCUGGCAAGGAGGAGCUUUAAAUGUGGUGGGAAAGUGCGAGGACCUAGUAGAAGGCAGGCAGUGUGUGCUACGCCAAUGUCUGUACUUGAUUAUUGGCUAUAUGUACACAUCACUCGAGUUUAUUAGUUAAGCCGCGAUAUGGGAAGCGUUCGCAGGUCAUCCUACAGCCCUCCAUACUAAGAUAGUAUGCGAUGUCCACAUAAUCACUUCUUAUCGGAAACGUCGAUGGAGAAGUGUGUGUGUAUCUGAGCAGGUGCCAUUCUUGACUUGCAGAUGUGCAUACUGUGAGUUGUGGUUUGUAAUUCAAUCUGUGUUAUUCGCAGUGGUAGAAACUACUUAAGCGAGGGGGCGAAAAUAAACGGAGUAAGAGCUAACCAUAUAUAUAGAGGAGCAUGAAAUAUAUUUCAAACGCAGCCUAAUACCCAAAGGUUUAAGCAUAUACGACGUAAUUGAAGCGUGUCGGGUCAUGUGAACAUGCAUGGCAGUCAUAGGCACGCUUGGUGCCUGAAUAGGAUAUAGAGUGCAGCCAAAGUACACAAUUUUCAUCUUCAAACAGCACCGUGGUAGCCUAAUCUUCACACACGCCAUCUACAUACCAUCUACGAAAGCGCUAGCCGUUCCAAAGGGCUCAACGCUUCGCGUUACAUUCUAAAGCUAUUGCGAUUUCCUCCGUCACAAGGGUACGCUAACGUAUGAAGUGGUGUGGUUGUUGAUAUCAUUCAUACUAUCGCUGCGAACGAAGUCCUCAUCUCGCUGCGAAUCACACAUCCCCUACUCUGACUGACGAGGCAGGGCAGGGCACAAGGCCCGUUGUGAGGUGUGGCGACUAUAUAGGCGUGAUUUGUGCAGUUAUGCGGCCGAUAUGCGGCAGAACGCACCAGAAUGCAAGCCGAUGUACCUCUACACGCAUCAUCCACAUCAGUCUUGAUUCUCUAGAAUUUUUACGAAUCUAUAGAAUGUAUCGCAAUUAGGACAUUUGGGGGACGACCCUUGCACCAUUUGUCGCUGGUAUGCCUCCGCGCCUGUGAGCGUUGACACGUGGGUACACACCUUCAACCAGGCUGCAUGUGAGGCCAUCGCGUCAAGCAAUGUAAUAGAAGGGCACAAGCCGAGAG